ACCUGCUUCUUGCUUCCACGACCGUCUGCAAGGAUGGAGCUCGAGCGAGAAAGCCCCAUCAUCAACGAGCUCAGGCGGCGCCUACCGCUCCAGUUCGUCGAGAAUUUCCGGAUCGAUGCCGAGGAGGAGGAUCAGCGCGUUCUGGACGAGCAGGAACAAGAAGAGACAAUCAACAAGAUAGCUGCUGAUAACGAGCCCCGUCUCAAAUCCGCCAUCCUUGGAGCGCACAUCCUUGUUACCCUUUCGCUGCUGCUGCAUCUCUACUACCUUUUCCGAACCUCAAAAGAAAGCCCUCUCCUCUCCAUCUUUCCCUCAGAUGCUCCCGCACCUCCCCUCCCUUUCUCCACCCUCCUCGCUCUCUUCAAUGUUUUCUCCCACAUCAUCCUUCUCCUUCGUCUCCGCCCCCGCAGCUUCUACAAGCCACCCCUCCGCGGCUGGCUUCGCUUGGACGAGUCACCUUACGCUCCCGUACCGCCCGCCUCACGCGCCUUCAUCCCAGGCACUCACCCGCCUGUCCCAUUUGUUUGGCCGCGCCUCGCUACACCUACAACGCCCUUCUCGCCGAUGAAUUUUCCUGCCAUAACAUUCUAUAUCGCGGUGACGAGCCUGCUGCUGUGGCGUGCGUGGCAGACGACGGUGUGGUGGGCGAUUGCGCCGACGGUGUACUUCAUCAUGAGUUCCGUGGAGGAGAUGGUGCGGAGGAGCGAUGAGAGCAUCGAGUCGCUGAGGUUGUUGCGGUAUCGGGCGCCGGGGGCUUAGGGUGGGCUAAUUUGGAGAGUGGUAUAGUGAAUGUAUGUGAUGCAUCCGAGUUGGAUGGGGACCGCGGGUAACGAUGGUGUGUAUGGCUUUUGAGCUACAUUAAUUGUGUUUUUGUCGCUGUCUGCAUUAUUACUGAACUAUCAGAUCUGUUGAAGACCGGA